AUGCUCACGUCCAUACAUAAAAGAAUCCCCAGGUUUUAUGGAGACCAUUUAAACAGAAAGUGUAAUUGUAUUAAAAAAAAAAACUAUAAAAAAACAAUAUCAUACAAUAUUAUAAAAUGUACAUUUUUCUCAAAUGCUGAAUGCGUAAAAAUAAAUAAAAAUACUUGUAAUGAUAAUAACUUAACAAGUUUUUUAGAUUUACAAGAGAUGAGACUUAUAGGUAAUAAAAAAAAUAGCUUUAACAGCGUUUAUGAGAAUAGAGUUAAUGUAUUUUUAAAACCACUAAUAUCAGAUAUAAUCAUUAAUGAAAAAUCUGAUAAUAAUUAUGCUCAAAGAGAAAUUAUUCUUCAUAAUAUACAAAAUUUAAAAAAGGAGAUGCCACAGGAGAUUUAUGAACAUAAAGAGUGUGACGAAUCGGGAAAAAUGGCUAGUUCACAUGACAAAGAUAAAGAACAAAUAAUUAAGAAUGACAAAAGUGAUACUGUAAAUAAAGAAAAUUUAAUAUAUAAACAAUAUACAAGUGUAGAUGAUGAGAAUGAAACAAAUGGAGAUUAUAAUAUACAAAAUUAUAAAUAUAAUGAAAAAAUAAAAACAAAUAAUAAUACACAUAAUAAUAAUAGUGAAGUGAAUAAAAAAAGAGAUCUACAAUUUUUAGCACAAGAGAGAUAUGAUAUACUCCUUAAAAGAAAACACAAAUAUAUAUACGACUUUGAAGUUUAUAAUAUAAGUGAAUUAAAUAAAUAUGAAGCAGGAGAAAUUGUAAACGUCUAUUUUUAUAAUAAAUUACCCAUUGGUAUAGGUUUAUUAAAUCGAAAAAGUAAUAUUGUUAUUAAUAUAAUAGAUAAUGAUAUAUCAAAAAAUAUAAAUGAUCAAUUUUUUAUUAAAAAAUUAUAUGAAAGUAUUAAAAGGAGAUUUCAUUUUUUAUAUAAUAUAAAAUUAUAUGAAUAUAUAUAUUCAUUUCAUAUUAGAAAAAAUUCUAAACUUUUUUGUAAGCUUGUUAAUUCAAUUCAUGAUUCAUUACCUGGACUUGUUGUAUAUGUAUUUGAUAAACAUUUAUAUAUAAGAUAUGAUAAUUUAAGUGUGCAAAAAUAUAGUUAUAUAUUUGAAAAAGAAUUAGAAACUAUUUUUACACCUAAAAAUAUUUACUGUAAAAAAAUUAUAAGCAAAAAAGAAAAAAGAGCACAAAUGGGGAAAGAAUAUAUUUUAGAACAAAUAAAAGGAACUGACCUUGAAUUAAAUUAUUAUGAAAAUGGUUAUACAUUUUAUAAUAAUAUAACAAAUAUAUCAUAUGAUAUAUUUCAUUUAGAAAAUAAACAAGAUAGACAAUUCUUACAAAACAUAUUUCAUGAAUCCAAUAUUUUAAAUGUUCAUGGAAAUGUUGGAGAAUAUAUAAUUAACACUGCUUUUCAAAAAAAAAAUAAAAAUAUUAAUCCUACAAAUUAUAGUGACAACAUAUCUAUUAUUCUAAGUGACUGUGUCAAAAACACAAACUACAUAAACAAAAAUAUUGAGCUCAAUAAAUGUGAUAAUAUAACAUCUCUACAUAGAGAAGACAUUUUGGAAGAACUAAAUAACAUGUACCUAAACAAUUUAAAGUUUGAUUUAAUUAUAUAUAACAUAAAAAGUAAUAUUGUCUACCGAAAAAACUCUUAUAUAAGUAUUUAUGGAAAAAGGCACAUUGUAACCUUCAAAGGAAUAUACAGUUUUUUAAAUUACAUGGCAGAUAUUUUACAAAAAAAUGGCUUGCUAUUUAUAACAGUUGAACUGUCAGCCGUAGACUAUCACAAAUUUUUGAAUAUAGUCAAAUGUGUAUUUGAAAAUAAGAAGAAAAAUAUAUCUAUCAUAUACGAGAAUUCUUGCACAAUUGAAAAUAACAUAUUAUGUAUUGAUGAAAAUGCAUGGUAUAUGAGAUCAGUAUGUUUUAGGUUGACCAAUUCGUGA